CUCGUUACCUGCCCUUUUCUGCUUUACCAAGGAGCCAUGGCAUGGACUCCUCUGACUUGUCAGUUGUCCAAAACAUAUAAAAACCACAUUUUUCGGACCUUAUACUGAACCGCAACAGAUAGAAAAGUCUCUUUUUUUUCUUCUUCUUUCUUUUGCUUUCCCUCCCUUAUUGUUCCUUCAAGAACCAAUCUUUUUUUACAAUUAAAAUCUCUCUUUUUCUCCCUAUCUGGGGCCUCAAGGCCUAGUUAAAAUGGAAAAAAAGGGAGAAGAAAGAGAGCUGGGUAUGUUCUUUGAUGGGAUCAUAGAGUCCAUGCCUUUGUUUGCAAAGCAGUUCAUUGCUGGAGGUGUUGCUGGGGGCCUUGCAAAGACCGUUGUUGCCCCACUUGAGCGUGUCAAGAUUUUGUUACAGACUAGAAGAGGAGAAUUUCACAGCAUAGGGAUCUUUGGAUCCAUUAAAAAGAUUGCAACGACAGAAGGCAUCCUGGGUUUCUACAGAGGAAAUGGUGCUAGUGUUGCUCGAAUUGUUCCCUAUGCGGCCCUUCAUUAUAUGGCUUAUGAGCAGUACCGUAGAUGGAUCAUCAAUGGUUUUCCUGACUUUGGAAGAGGCCCUGUACUUGAUCUUGUGGCUGGAUCAUUUGCUGGAGGAACUGCUGUGCUUUUUACUUAUCCUCUUGAUUUGAUUCGGACUAAAUUAGCUUAUCAGGUUGUUGGUCCACCAAAGAUUAAUGUGAAAGGGGUAGUUAGUACUGAACAAAUUUAUAGAGGAAUUCUUGAUUGUUUUUCAAAGACUUACAAAGGGUCUGGGCUCAGAGGCCUCUAUCGUGGUGUAGCUCCAUCACUUUAUGGAAUCUUCCCAUAUGCUGGUUUGAAGUUUUACUUCUAUGAGGAGAUGAAACGCCAUGUACCUGGGGAGCAGAAGAAAAAAAUAAUGGUGAAUCUAGUAUGUGGGUCUGUAGCUGGUCUCUUGGGCCAAACUUUCACAUAUCCUCUUGAUGUUGUGAGGAGGCAAAUGCAGGUCCAAAGGGUCUCGGCAUCCAACAGUCCCGAGUUGAAGGGAACGAUGGGAUCACUUAUUAUGAUUGCCCAAAAUCAAGGCUGGAAGCAAUUGUUUUCAGGGCUGAGCAUCAACUACCUUAAGGUUGUACCGUCUACGGCAAUUGGUUUUACAGUUUAUGAAAUCAUGAAAUCAAGCCUGAGAGUUCCAUCCCAUGAUGAAGCUGUGAUAGAAGUGGUAACAAAUAAAAGAAAUCUCCAUUCAUAACAAUGAGUACUAAUUCAUCUCAUUCAUUGGGUGCUUUGCUUCACCUUCAAAAUUCUUAUGUUUUAAUUACUGACCAAGUCAGGCCAUCUCACUUGUACAUUCGAUUCUUUUAAGCUGUACAAAUUGUACAGCUUACAUAAAGGGAUGAUCAGGUAGCAAACUCUAUUGAUUAGACUUGUAGCAGUUUCUUCAUCAAGGAUGAUGAGUCUUCCAAGUUUUAGACUCAUACACAAUGUAAAUAAUUUGGGCAUUAAUGGAAUAAAGAAUUUUGACUACU